CUAUAUUUAUGAAAAAAUCCCAUGUAUAUAACCGUUGUUUCCCAGCUUAGUAUUUUGGCGGAUUCCUCUAGAGGAAGAAGAUUGUCUGCGGGGCUUUCUCCAUUCAAUUUUCUUUUCCAAGUUCAAUUUUCCUUUCCAGCUUUAUUAUUAAUCAGGUUUGCUAACUUUCUCUAGCUGAUGUUUCAUGGGUGGCGACUAUUAUAAUCUGCGUUUGCCUCUUUGUUGAAGAUGGGACAUGGGUCGGUGAAAGUCCACUUAGUUCUCUGAGAAAUAUUCAAGAGCUGUUUGGUUUGAAGAACCAGAUUUUCAAUCCAGUCAGGCACUCGAUUUUAUAUUCUUCUGCUGUUGAUGAUUUGUGCUGAUAGGCAGAGUGAAUGCAAUUCAACAUGAACAACCAAUACCAUGAAGAACAUGAGGAACCAACUGUCAUUGGAUUUGAAGUUCCAAAAUCACCAGAUUCAAGUUACAACAAUGUGUACCCUGGGAAUGAAGACGAGGCCCAAGAUCCUCCCGUUGUUCCACCUCAUCUGCAUCACACCAUUCUUCGCUGUCCAGCAAGCAGAGAUGAUAUUGGAUCUCUUCCAACCCCACCAAAUGUGAUCGUAAACCAUCUUUACAUCGAGGAAAGGGAGACCCCACGAUCUGUAGUGGCCUUAGGGUUCACUCAUCGUUUUCGUUCAAAAUUUGUUACUGUAGUUCUUUACAAACCAGUUCAGAGAAGGGGAAAUACAGGCACUUAGAUGUGUGCUUAUAGGACAACACACCUUCACUAGGGUUUGGUUCGGUAGAUAGACCUUGGUAUAAUGAAUACUAGUCGUGAUAAACAUGAAUACAAAAUUAGUGGUGAAAGGAUAUUUAUUUCAGUCAGAAAAUAUAUGAACUUUAGGUCAGCUUUAUUGUUCCCCAUACAAAGUCUUGAGGGUAGUUUUCUGUACUGGGUGUCUAUAUAUACAUAUUCUUUUCAACUGGUAAAUCAUGUUCUAUUUGGGUUUGCCAGAGUCCGUUUCUGAUCUUUAUUGAAAGUUUUGGUAUUUUCUUAA